UUCCCCGGUGCGGCAAAUGCGGAUAAUAUUCAGUUUAAACAUUGAUAGUGAGUACUGUAUCAACAGGAAGAUAAGAUAAAUGCUAUUUUAGUGAAAUCCGGAUCGUUCAAUUACUUACUUGUUGGGUAAUUAACUGAUCAGUUGACUAAUAUCAGUAGUCGGAAUUGUGUGUUCAAACGCCAGUUAGAGCGAUAUUGAUAUAAAAUGGGGAUUUUCUCAUCAAAACCAGUUGACAAUCCACAAGUCCAAAAUACACGAAUACUAGGAGAAUACAGGAUUCAAAGGGAAGCAGAACUCCGACUUGAAAGAAGUCGUGCAAUUCAUUUGGCGAGAUGGGAAGAGGCGAGAAGAAAAUCGCAAGUAACUGUUUGUAAACCACUAAAACAAAAGGUAAACCCCCUCUCAAAUCUGAUUCAGGCGGAAGUUACAGCCAAUCUAAACGUUUUAAGUGAAUUAGCCUUAGUAUUGGGCGAACAACCUAUAUACGAAUAUCCAGUAAAACCAUACCAGGAAAACGUACUGUCUGAAACAUCUUGGGAAUUUAUCGCGAAAGCUUCAUUAUUUAAAAAGAGCAACAAGCAUUUCUUUUCCAUUUCGAAAAUCACGUCAGUGUAUAAUAUUUUUAAUUCCCUACAUUACAAAUUAGCAAAACUAAAGUAUACUACAAUUUACGACAAAGGAUGCUCCGAGAGGUUCGUGUUUCAUGGAACAAAACAUGAAUUUUUGGCUGAAAUUUGCACCUACAACUUCGACAGAUCUAAGAUAAAAGCACACAAGUUUGGCCAUGGAAUAUCAUUCGCAACAAACUCCUACUAUGCCACGCACUACCCCCAAGCGAAUCAAAGACGAUUUGACAAAGUAAUGAUAAUAGCAAAUGUGCUCGUGGAAGAUACGAUCGAGGAAGGACAUCAAUUUAUGACAAUUCCCAACCAUAUGGGCUACACCUCAAGCAACCGUGCGCAAUCGGUUAUUGUCAAAUAUGACGAUCAUACAUUCUUUCCAGUGAAUAUUGUUUAUUACCAGGGACUACACCCUCAAAAACAUGCUGGUUCAAUGGUAUAUUAUGAUUAGACAUAUAGUUUUAUAAGUGGUCACUAUGUUACAGAGGCCCUUAGUUUUCCAUGUGGCUCUAAAAAUAAAUUUUAAACCGCCGUAAAAAGUCUAAAGUACCACACAUAUAGGUAAGAAAAUUUAGAACACUAAAUAUAAUUUAAUAUAAAGGGUUAUGGUGAAUGUUGUACUAAAUCGAUUGUAUAUUGAAUAUACUGAGAAAUAUGAUUGAAUGAAAUACUAAUUUAAAUCAUAAAUAAAGUUUUCCGUAUUAGUUUUGAAUCAAUGUGAUGAUUAAGUACUGACAUUUGAAAUAUUAGAAUAGAGGAAAAUCUAUGUAAUUUGUAUUUAGCAGGUGCUAUAUGAGCAUGUCAACUUAUUUAUUUAUUAAACAUGUUUAUUUUCUUGUUUCAUUUCAAAGAGGCCGUUUAUACGUCAAGAAUAUUUUACAUCAAGAACCUUUAUACAGUAUUGCAUAUUCAAAGAGUAGAUAAUAUGAGAUAUUAUAUAGGUAAUAUAGAGUUAAUUGAAAA